CAAUCCACCUGUCCACACAAACAAGAUGGCCGCCGAUCCGUCGACUUCCGACGAGCCCGUGUCGAAAAAAGCUCGGACAGGCGAAGGUCUGGUGUCCACCUGGCCCAAAUUCACGCACAGGAUGGACCAGGACGAAGUCAAGACCUUCUUUAAGGAGACUGGGUACAUAAAGAUCCCAGACUUCCUGUCUGAGGAUGAGCUGGCGGCGCUGAACCGGGAACUGGCGCGGUACCGGCGCGAUGUCGUGCCAAACAUCUCCAACAAGGACGUGUUCUACGAGGAGAAGGACAAUCCCGACACCAUCAUCCGCCUGGAGAGGAUGCAGACUAACGAUGACUUCUUCAAGGACCUGGGCCUUUCCCCUGCCUUUAACGGACUGGCUGACUUACUGCUGGGGGAGGACAUGGAGCCCAACAACGUGCAGUUCUUCUCCAAACCGCCAGGGGCCAAACCCACACCUCCUCACCAGGAUGGCAAGUACUUCAUGCAUGACAAAGGAAUCACGUUCUGGUUGGCCCUGGACGAUGCAGAUGAGGAGAAUGGCUGCCUGUACUACGUUCCCGGGACACACCUCAUGGGGGAGCUUCAGCACGAGAAGUCCACUGCGCUGGGGUUCAGCCAGGGUCUGGCCGACUACAGCGCUGAGAUGCAGGAGAAGGAGGCCUGCAUGUCCGCUAAGAAAGGAAACACUAGCAUGGCAGAGAAGGAAGUGUGCAUGGCUGCCAAGAAAGGUUCCCUGCUAGGUCACCAUCCCUACACUGUACACAGGGCUGGGAAGAACAGUUCUCCUACCCGUUGGCGACCUGCCCUGGGGCUGACCUACUGGGCCAAGUCCUGCCGACACGACGAGGAACUACAGAAGAAGCAUAAGGAGUACCAGCAGAAACUGGUGAAGGAGCUGGAGAACAAGGGCCGCAUCUAGGGGCAAAGGUCAAGGGUCGCGUCAGGUCAUAGGGAAUCUGAGGUCAAGUUGUCAGUGUUAUAACAGUCUGUCAAGUUGGGAAAGCUGUAACGAAUGUUCUCAUUUUGUUCAUUAUAAUCAGUGCAAGGAUGUCAAUUUUUCACCAGCUUUAGUACUUUUCUGUUGAACAGAAUUACACAAAAUGUUAAUCUUUAGCUUGUUUCUCCUAUUGUGGGUGGUUUUUGGUGGAAAGUAGACCUUGAUUUGAAGCACAAGUAGAUAUUAAGUAACUAUGUGUAUGGAAAUGUUUAGAAUAGCCCUAUCAAUUGUAUAAUGGAGCUGUAUUCUGCCCUGGUGGAGGUUUUGACCCUCUGACUGCUUUUGUAUUGCACUACUAUGUACUGCAGGUGCAUAAUGCUUUUUCUUGCCACAUUUGCAUGGUACAAUCACACCUUGUAUUUGCCAUUCAACUAUUAGAUAUUUGCAAUGUCUAAAACAGGCAAAAAAUAUGCCGAAGCUUAAAGCUCUGCUUGUAGAGUAGUUGCUGGUAGCAUGAAGUGCCUUAUAAUUAAGGUGAUGUGGUGAUGAUGAAAUUGUAUAAGUUACAACAAUGUACAGAGGAAUGUUUUAAGAAUUUAGUGCUGAGCACAAAUAAAUCUUGAACCUAUCAAACUUCUCC